GAGCUGCAAAGGAAGUUAGGAAAAAGACAACACCCGAAAACGUCAGACUCCUUUUCUUCAGCGGUUUAUCUGGUGAGACAAAACCUAGCAGGUAGACACACUGCAGUGUUUCUUCUUGAUUUAAGUGGCCUCUCGGUUUACCAAAUAGCCUCCCACAGGUGAUAAGAUGGACACCCAGAGCCAGGUUGUAGACAAAUUGCGGUCUGCGUUUCGUUCCGGUGUCACAAUACCAGAGCAGUUUCGUCGAACCCAGCUGACUAAGCUCAUGUCCAUGAUCAAAGACAAUGAGGAGCAGUUUUUAAAUGCGCUGCACAAAGACCUCUCAAAGCCGAAGUUUGAGGCCAUCGUGUCGGAGAUUGAUAUAGUGAUCAAUGAGCUGCACUAUGCCAUUGCAAACUUGAAAAGCUGGAUGCAGCCGGAGUAUGUCAGCAAAAGUCUGGCCACAAAGCUCGAUGACUGUUUUGUACAGAGGGAACCAUUAGGAGUGGUCUUAAUCAUUGCGCCUUGGAACUACCCCCUGCAUCUCCUUAUAUUACCCAUGGUUGGAGCCAUUGCUGCAGGAAACUGUGUGAUCAUCAAGCCCUCAGAGAUCAGUGCUGCCACAGACGGUCUGAUAGCCGAGCUCGUCCCCAAGUAUCUGUCUCAGGACUGUUAUGCAGUUGUUCGUGGUGGAGCAGAGGAGACCAAGGCGCUACUGCAGAAUCGCUUCGAUCACAUCUUCUACACAGGUUCUCAGACUGUGGCACGCAGCAUCCUGCAGGCAGCUUCAGUCCACUUGACCCCAGUGACCUUGGAGCUGGGCGGCAAGUCUCCAUGCAUCAUAUAUGGUCGAAUAGACGUUACAGCUGCUGCUUACCGCUUGAUAUGGGCUAAGUUUUUCAAUGCUGGCCAGAGCUGUGUGGCUCCAGAUUAUGUGCUGUGCUCACCAGCCACACGGGAUGCCCUGCUGCCUGUGCUGCGCAACACUCUGGAGGAUUUCUAUGGCAAGGAACCUCAAAAGUGUCCUGACCUGUCCCGCAUCGUGUCACACCGACACUGGACACGUCUGAUGGAACUGCUAAGGAGGUCUAGUGGAAAGAUCAUUGUGGGAGGAGAGAGUGACGAAGAGGACAAGUACAUAGCUCCCACAGUGGUGGUGGACGUGGCUGAAGACGAUGCCCUAAUGCAGGAGGAAAUUUUUGGCCCCAUCCUGCCCAUCCUCACUGUUGACUCUCUGGAGAAAGGCAUCGACUUCAUCAACCGUAGAGAGAAGCCGCUGGCUCUCUACGUUUUCUCUGAUGAAUCCUCUGUGGUUGAUACGGUGUUGCAAAACACCAGCAGCGGAGGAUUCUGCUCUAAUGACGGGAUCGUCUACAUGACCCUUCCAGGCCUGCCUUUUGGAGGUGUAGGGGCUAGUGGUUGGGGCAGUUACCACGGCCACUGGGGCUUCGAGACGUUCAGCCACCGGCGGGCCUGCAUGUUGCGUGGCUGGGCUUUGGAGAGACUCAAUGGCCUGCGUUACCCACCUUAUACAGACAAGAAACUGAGCUGGCUGCGCUGGACCACCUCAGCCAAGAGCGGCUGCUCACUCAUGUGAUGACUGGAAGGAAGAUAUAGUGGAACUUUUUACACCAGGAGCAUGAGAGUCAGCAUUGGUGAAUUUAAUGUGGGAACGGGAUUACUCCUAUUUUUUUUAACCUAAGGUUGUUUGUAUACUUACCUAUAUUACCAUACUUGGCUAGCACCCUGUUUUGUGUCUGACACUUUUCAUCUUGCAAGUUCCUCUCCUUUUCUCACUGGGUUCUUUACUUUCCGAGCUCGUUUUCUGGUUAGCAUAGUAUAGAGACAAAACAAGUCCAUUUUUAUUUUUAUCUUUGUGAAUGAUAUUGUAUUAUUUUUUUAACAACCUUGUUUGUCAGUCUGUACACAGUUUAAGUAUUGUCUGUAUAUUAUGUUUUUCAUGAAAUAUAAAUAAACUUGAAAUAUUACUUUUUGA